AUGGCGCAAGAUUCAAUAUCAUCAACAAAUUCCCUAAUUCUACAAGCUAUAAUUGGAAUGUUAAUAGGAGUCUUGGGGAUAUUGAUAGGAGUUUGUUGUAGUUUCUAUUGCCUGCGCAAACAGGGUUUUACCAUUCCAAGAGGAACUGAAAAGCGUAAGCCGCUACAAAUACCUUCGCUCCACUUUAGUGAUGAUUUCGAUGACCAUUUAACAUCGAAUCCACAUGAAAAAAUUGUUAUUGUUAAACAUGGUCUUGGCGCUGAUAUUCCGGAAAACACAGAAAUUUUUCAGAAUUUAUCAUCCGCUCCUAAUGCGGUUUAUGAGUCUAUAUCUGCUUCAGCUUCAAUGACCAAUCUUGCCUCGACCCAAAAAAAAUCCGAACAGACUUCCGAUAAUGGAAGUCAAGAAAUGAUUAGAUCUCAUUCAAGAUGA